AUGCGGAGUCUCACUGGUCAUACAAGUCCAGUUGAAUCUGUAGCUUUUAAUUCAGCAGAAGUUUUGGUGCUUGCUGGAGCUUCUACUGGCGCAACAAAAAUAAGGGAUCUGGAGGAAACAAAGAUGGUUCGUAUACUUACCGGACACAGAUCCAGCUGUUCUGCUGUUAAAUUUCAUCCAUUUGGUGAGUUCUUUGCUUCUGGUUCCAUGGACACUAAUCUGAAGAUCUGGGACAUUAGAAAGAAGGGAUGCAUCCACACAUACAAAGGUCAUACUCAAGGCAUUAGUACUAUUAAGUUCACUCCCGAUGGUCGAUGGGUAGUUUCUGGUGGGUUUGACAAUGUUCUAAAGGUGUGGGAUCUAACUGCUGGGAAGCUCUUGCAUGAUUUUAAAUUCCAUGAACGACAUAUUCGGUCUAUAGAUUUUCACCCCCUUGAGUUUCUCUUGGCCACAGGUUCAGCAGACAGAACUGUGAAAUUCUGGGAUUUGGAAACUUUUGAACUGAUUGGAUCUAACAGGCCUGAGUUAGUCUGA